CCUCCUCCCCCCUUCCCCCUCCCCUGCCGGUCUUCUGUUUCGCCCGUUUGUGUGUUCUCUCGCCCUUUCUUUUGUCCUGCUUCUCCUCCCCUCUUCCGGUGCUCUGCUGCAUUCGCCUCCCCGACGCUUCGCCCUCCCUCCUCUGCCCCCUGUCGCCUCUUCGCGCAUCGCCUCCUCCUUCCUCUUGCUCAGGGAUCCCGGACACAUGAUGCUUUCACAUGUGCUUGCCCGUGGGCCGGUCUUCGCGACGUCGCGCGCCGCGGCCCUUGCCGCCCGGGCAUCGUCGGCGUCCGUGGCGCGCUUCAGCACCAGCAUGCCCUACGAUGACGAUGGUGACGCCAGUCGGGGUGGCCAUGGCAGCCACCAGCACUACGAGGACGACACGCUGGACCGGUCGAUCUUCGAUGACCCCAAGCAGGGGGACAACAGCUGGACCAAGAACCGGCCGCGGAAGACCGACGCCCCGCACGGCUUCGGGCUCGGGUACGGGUCACGCCCGCAUGUGGGCGAGAUUUCCGUGCAGCCGGCACAUGCUCAGACAUCCUUCCGUCGGCGGUCGGAUUCCCGCCGCGACGCGGCCCCUCCCCGGCCGGAGCCCACGCCCGUGGUCAAGCAGCACCCGGUCCCGAUGAACGAGUUUGAGCCCGACAACUCCGGCAACUCGGUCACCAGCCAGGCGUCGUAUUACGGGAUCCUGCCGGACGAGGUGAGCACCCCGGCCCAGGACUCCCCGUCCCAUGCGUUGGAUGACACGUCGGCCGUAUCGAGCGACCCACUCGAGGCGGUUCUCUUCUCGACGAAUGACUUCGAAUCGCCGGCCGAGGCCGAGCGCUUCUUCGCCUCGCUGGAGCGCGAUGGCAUCCAGCUUCGAAAUGAAUUUUUCAGCAAGUUCAGCGCUUCACUGGCGCAGCUGCAGCAGGAGUACCUGGAUUUGGCGGCGGCGCUGGACGGGUCGGUUGAUCCGGUCCACGAUCCGACCCUGGCCCCGCUGCGCGGCCGCAUCCGCAUGGUCCUCAUCCGGAGCCUCCAGAUGAGUGCCUACUUCUAUGAUCGGGAGUUCAUCAGCAUGAUUGACAGCAUUAUCGAGAAAACCCACUUGACCGAGGACCGCCUGCUGAUGCGCCUGCGUCUGCACAGCACCACCGCCCUCCAGGAUCCCUCCAUGGUUGUCGAGGCGACGCGUCUGUUCCAGCACGCCGAGCGCAAUGGACUGUUCGAGGGCCCCUUCUUCAGCCGCACCGAUGCGGCCUCCUCCCUGGCCAAGGUGUACUACCGCAACCGGGACUUCGACCAGGUGGUCAGCAUCCUACUCAAGGAGAAGGCUCUCUCGGAGAAGAAUCUCACCCUGCUGAUGCACAUUUGCCUCCUCCGACGUGACUACCACUCCAUGUGGGUGCUGUGGGAUCAGUUGAACCUGAUCACCGCGCACCUGGGCGGCCCGGACUUCGUCUCGUUCAACUACGCCAUCAAGUGCGCGUCGAUGCAACAAGACCCGGCCCGCGCGUCUGGUCUCUUCCUGCGCAUGCUCAACAGCUGUGGGCUUCCGCCGUCCUCCAUCUUGCUCGAGAUCUUCACCUCGUUUACCCGCUGCCAGGGGGCCUUCUCCACUGUGCAGGAGAUCGCCGCGCACCUCCGGCGCCAUGGGACCACCAUCACCCGGGACAUGGCGCUCCAGAUGAUGGAGUCAGCCAGCCGGUCGAGCGACUUUGUCGGCCUGGUCAAUCUAUGGAACGAGUACUUCACCCUGACCCCUUCUGAGAGCGACCCGCGCAUUCCGGUGGACUUCGUCACCCUAAAGGCCCUGCUUGAGAGCAUGAGUAUCCACUGGAUGCUCCCGUACAUGCGCUCCAUUCGCGCCAAGGAGAGCAGCGGCGACACGAAGAUUCCGGCGAUGCACCACCCGCUGCACUUCCUCGAGGGGCUUCGCCAAUCGCUGAACGACGCCUCCUUCCCCAUCUCGCGGUCCCUGUUGCUCCUCUUUGCGCAGGUCUACUCGUCGAUGUCGCGUCCGGACAAGGCGCUGGAGGUCAUCUUCAAGGAUGUCAAUCGGAUGGGCGCCUUCCCCUGCUCGGGCAUGAUCGAGUCCCUGCUCAGCGCCCCCGGCUCCCCCAUGUCAGUUUACUAUGAGUCGCUGGCUCUGGCCAUGACACAUUGCACGCCUCUGGCCCUGGCGUAUCCUGACUCGGUGGUGGCAAUGGCCUUCCGUCAUCCCACCCCGGGUGCCAUUUUCCGCGAUGUGGCCACCUACACCAAGCUCCUCCCCACCACCCUGCGCAACAGCAGAGCCGGUGUUCCCUUCUUCCGGGCGCAGCCAUCGCUGGCGUCAAAUUUGGUGCCGCUCAUGGAGAGUGCCGGGGCCCAAGAGUCGCCCCUUCGACAUGAACUAUCCUCCGAGUACAACAACCUCUUCAAGUGGUCUCCGCCAGGGUCUCUGCCCGUGCGGGCGCACACCCGCUUUGCCCCGAACCGGGAUCGCCGCCACACGAAGUGAAGCACCCCCCCCCCCCCCCCC